AUGACAAGAGUAGCAUUAACUAUUACAGAUUCUUGGGUAUUUAAAGAAAGAAACUCAAAUUUAAACUGUGGCAUUGAUAAGCAUUGCGAUGUUUAUGCUUUAGAAAACUACGAACCAGAGGUAGAAACAAAAAAAGAAAACAGUGAAGAAAAAUAUUCAGGUUGUAAUUAUCCAUACACUAAGGAUCAACUUUCUGACUGUUCUACAAUAGUGUAUUCAACUUCAUCCUCUCAAACUAACACUACAUCUUGUGAAGGUUUUAAUAUUUCUAAUGAUAAUAUAUUUGAUAACAAUGAAUAUAUAUGGCAAAAAAUAAUAGGUAUUAGGAAGAAAUUCACAUCUAUUUUUUGGUCAAUUGUAUCUUUAGAUGAUGAUAUACCUCUUUAUGAUUACAGCAUGCCAAUAAUAAAUGAAAUAUAUAGCGAAUAA